GGUGAAAUUCCGGCUUCACUUGAAAAGCGCAAGUGAAAGGUAUCGGUAGCUGAACGAGAUACGGAUGUGUGACAUUCUUGAUACCGACAUCCUUUUUUUAACGACCCCAUUGGCAAAAACAUGGUGACCUUGCGGAGCAUUAGAAUAUUAAUGAUCCGGCGUCGUAUGCUUCUAAUGUGUUUAGCCGCCAUCAUUGGGUUGUUUCUGAUUAAACGGUUCAUGAUGGAUAACGAGCCUCAUCACAAAACGACGAAGAAAAAGGGCCUUUACAAUUUGAUGGAAGAAACGCCAAACAUGUCCAAACACGUCAAAGACUGUACAAUCGAGUAUGCAAAUGAACACAAAUUGCAGCAAGAUCAUCCGUGUCUGUUGGAUAUUAUUCGGCGUCAGUAUCUCAACAAACCAUCACCUGCUGACGUGCCACUCUACCUGGACUACCCGAACAUCAAAGAUCAGUCCGCUGGUCAAGUGACGGCCGUUCUACGUUUACUGAGGAAUCUAACGAAAGGCUUUUUUAUCGAGAGCGGAGCAGCUGAUGGUGAAUCGUUUUCCAAUUCACUUUUCCUGGAACGAGACAUGAACUGGACUGGACUGUUGAUCGAGCCUGAACCGAAAUCUUAUGGCGACCUGGCCAAACGCAAUCGCAAAUCGUGGACACUACAGAAUUGCCUCAGUUUAGAAAAAUACCCAACCGAAGUCUCCUUUGAGAAAACUGAAAUUACAGGCAAAAUUAUUGGCAACAAAGUUUCGCAGUCUGAAUUGUCUGCAGGCAAAUUGGCCAACGUCCAGUGUUUGCCACUGUAUUCCAUUUUACUGGCCCACGGCCAGACCUGGGUGGAUUUCUUCAGCCUCGAUGUCGAAGGACAUGAACUUCAAGUCCUCAAGACCAUUCCCUGGCAUAAAGUCAACAUAACCGUGGUGGCCGUUGAAUGGGAGCAUGUAGAAGAAGGUUAUUACGCCAUCGUUGAUUACAUGAAAGAGCAAGGCUACGUCAAUUUUGGGAGAAUCGCCACCCCUUACGCAAGAGAUGUUGUCUUCAUCAAGGACUUCCUCGAUGAUUUGCGGUACGAUUACAUCGAUUACGACGAGUGAUUGCGAUAGAACGUUGGCUUUGAUGGAGCUAUAUACACUACCUCAUCAAACAGGAUCAAAUGGUUUUAGCACGCGUGAGAGGUGGAUUUCAUUACAAAAAUGCAAGUUUUCUAUUUCAAAUUGAUAAGGUGAAUGUAACGACAAUUACAAACAAGCGUUGGGUUUUGAAAUAAACAAAAUAAAAGAUG